CCAGGGUCCUCGCAAUGGCCGACAAUGAUCCCGUUGCGCGCGCGCGAGCCAUUGCCGCGCGUUUGUCCGCCGUAGUCCCCGACAUGAGCACCCAUGGAAAGCGAAAAUGGGAUGGCGACCAUGGACCUGGAUCCAUGGGCAAGAAGCUCAAGAAGGUGUACAUCCCGGUGGAGAAGUACCCCGAUAUCAACUUUAUGGGGCUUCUUAUCGGACCCCGUGGGUCUAACCAAAAACGCAUGGAAACUCUGUCGGGGUCGAAAAUCCUCAUUCGAGGGAGGGGGUCGUCCAAGGAACCGUCAGGCGAUGCCGAUGAAGACGAAGAUUUGCAUGUGCUCAUCACGGCCGACACGGACGAACAGAUUGCGCGCGCCCAGCGGGAAGUUGAAGACAUUUUGUUCAACCCGGAGCAAGCCAUGAAGCUCAAGCAAGAGCAACUACGCCAGGUGGCUGAAAACAACAACCAGCAAGACGGAGGUGGCGGCGGCCAUUACGGACCCGGAGGAGGCUCCGGUACCUACGGAGGCCAGUAUGGAGGAGGGUACGGUGGUGGAUCAGGCAGCGGAUACGGUGACGACAACACGACGCUCAACAUUCCAGUGCCCAAGUCGUUGGUGGGGUUGAUAAUCGGAAAAGGCGGCGAGACGAUCCGCGAACUCCAAGGCAAGAGCGGAUGCCACAUUCAGGUUGCGCGUGAGAACGAAGUCAAUCCGGACUUGACCGAGCGCACCGUCAUGUGUUCGGGGACGCCUGCGCAGGUCGAGAUCGCCAAGCAACUGAUCACAGACCUCCUCGGUGACCGCCUGCACGGCGGCAGCGGCCACAGCGGCGAAACGAUGAAGCUUUCCGUGCCCAACGACAAAGUCGGGUUGAUUAUUGGACGACAAGGGUCCACGGUGAAGGGUGUGCAGCAGCGGUCCGGUGCAUCGAUCGUAAUCCCUCCGGCCCCGGACACAGAGAACCCCGGACUUCGUACGCUCAUGAUCACGGGGUCGCACGACGCACGGGAAAAGGCGCGGCAGGAAAUUCAGCUACUAGUGAGCGACCAGCACUCGCUCGUGCCUGCCGGAACGAAUGUGAUAUACAUGCAGAUUCCCAAUGACCGGGUCGGGAUUGUCAUCGGGCGUGGCGGAUCGACAAUAAAAGCGGUGCAGGACCGCAACAACGUCAGAGUCCAGAUCCCGAACGUCGUCGACCCUGGGUCGAUGCCCGAAGUGCGCACGAUUACUAUAUCGGCCAGCAACAUGGAGUCCAUCGCGAUGGCCAAGGCAGAGAUCGACGCGAUUCUCUUGGGGGAUGAAGGCAGCGGAGGUGGCCGCAACUCGCGGUACUCGAAUCAUUCGUCGCACUAUGGCAGCCAAAGCAGCCACUAUGGCGGGGGAGGCUACGACCAGCAGUACCAAUCUUAUCAACAGCAGUACCAGCAACAGUAUGCUCAAGCUUACCCACAAUACACGUACGAGCAAUACCAAGCCUAUUACCAACAAAGCGGGAUGACGGCAGAAGCGGCGGCUGCAGCUGCGGCAAGUGCAACUGGGGCAGCGGCACCUGCAGCGGCAACCCAGGCCGCUACCCCUGCCGCAGCAGCAGCGACAACACCUGCAGCAGGUGCGACGACAGCAGCGACGACAGCGGCGGCUUCGACUACCGCUGCCGCCGACUCAAACGACCCCAACGCGUAUUGGAACGGGUACUACGAAUAUGCCGCGUAUUACGGUGUGGACGCCGCCAAUGCUGCUUGGGGGGUGACGGCAGCGGCAGAGGGCGCCGCGGCCCCUGCCACGUCCAUCGAAGCCGACAGUUCCAAAGACAACGAAGCUUCGGCCGAGGCUCCUGCGCCAAGCUCAUAAACGAUGUGGUCACCGACGCACGUUGGCUGUCGUGCCAACGGUCUUGUUCAGAAUGUCCAGAGGUGGCUCGUCAUGGGCACGUAAUUAAUGCCAGGCACGUCAAAGUGGAGUACACUUCUCGCAACAAUGUCGGAACCCAUUUGGUUGUACAA